AUGGGAAAGAUCAUCUUCUAUGAGGACAGAAACUUCCAGGGCCGCUGCUAUGAGUGCAGUGGUGACUGUGCAGACCUACAUUCCUAUUUUAGCAGGUGUAACUCCAUCCGUGUAGAUAGUGGCUGCUGGAUGCUGUAUGAACGCCCCAAUUAUUUGGGUCAUCAGUACUUCCUGAAGAAAGGAGAAUAUCCGGACUACCAGCAGUGGAUGGGAUUUAGUGACUCAAUAAGAUCUUGUCGUGCUAUUCCACAGCAAAGAGGACCUCACAAGAUGAAGAUUUAUGAAAAAGAAGAAUUUAGAGGACAGAUGCUUGAGGUGGUGGAAGAUUGUCCAUCUGUCUUUGAUCUCUUCAAAUACCAUGACAUCAACUCUUGCAAUGUCCUUGAAGGUCACUGGAUCUUCUAUGAGCAGCCCAACUACAGGGGACGUCAGUACUUCUUGAAACCCGGGGAGUACAAGCGUUUCAGUGAAUGGGGCUCUCUCAAUGCAAGAGUGAGCUCAUUCAGAAGGGUGUUGGAUGUCUGCUAG